GAAUUUAAGUAAAAUAUAUAGUUGAAUUUUUUUUUUUUUUUUUUGGUUGGUUGUGUUUGGUGUCUUUGCUUUCAGAAAGAGCAUGUCGAACAGGAACUGCUAAAUGUCCAAAAUCAGAGGUCGAAUAUGCAAGACAACACUGUGGGAACUUGUUUGCAAGUGAAAUUUCCACAAACUGAGAAGUUAUCUCUGGCCUUGAGACCUGGGCUUUAACUGGAAGUUUACUCUUCGUUUCAGUUAAGUUGUCAUUCUGUGAAUGAUCGAUUAGAGCGAAACGGUACUGGUUUUAAUCGAGGCGUUAAAAUUUUCAUUUAUUUUCUGCCUGAACCGUUCUGCCGCCUGUUUUGUUCGAGCACACGCAAUUGCUGCCCAUUGUAUAAACGUGGAAUCAUCUCGCGAGAAGCAUCCCAAGAGAAGAAGCGCCUGAAGGGGAAUCUGGCAAACUAAAGGAGAGGAAAAUGACCUUGCUGUUCGCAUGUGUGGAGUUUUGAUGACUUCGCUCAGCCGGUGGAUUAGAAUCCCUAAGAGGUGCUGCAGUGGACCAUGAGUAUCCGUCCCCAGACCUCUCCCUUGGAAAGGUUGAACAGCUUAACAAUGGGGGACUCUGAACGCAAGGCUUUUGGGAGCCAACAGAAGGAUUCACUGUCUGACUCUCACACUGAAAACACAGGCCAGGGUUUGGUCCAGCGCUGUGUAGUUGUACAGAGGGACCAGCUGGGGUUUGGCUUCACUGUAUGCGGAGAGAGGAUCAAACUGGUACAGAAUGUACGGCCAGGUGGUGCAGCUGUGAAGGCAGGAGUGCAAGAAGGAGACAGGAUCAUUAAGGUCAAUGGGUCGCUGGUGUCCUCCAUGUCCCACCAGGAAGUGGUGAAGCUCAUCAAAUCUGGAACAUAUGUUGCCUUGACAUUACAAGGCCCACCUCCUUCUGCAGCAGCUGUCCCCUUGCAACCUCUUCCCACAGACAUUUCCCCCAAUCACAGGGCAGCCCCUGGAGGUGAGGCACCACCUCCUCCACCACCACCACUCCCCCCAACUUCUGCCAACUCUCCUUCCCAAAGAAUCACUGGACCCAAACCUCUACAGCAUGCACAGGUGCAGAAACAUGCCUCUCAGAUUCUCAGGAAGAUGCUGCAACAGGAAGAGGCUGAUCUUCAGGACCUGCUGGAGGAGAUGUCAAGAAAUCCAUCACCUUCGUUGGAGGAGCGGAUUGAAAGUGCAAAGAGACGUGCUCACCAAGUCAGGGUGAAAGUUCAGCAAGACCUGGAUGGAAGUCGAGCUGAGUCUGGGGCCAACUACCUAAGAGCUGGAGAAGGCAGCCUCUCCAUGGACUCCACUGAAGGGGAUUAUGAGGCCUAUGAAAGCCCCCACUCCUCCCCUUCCAUCUCCUUACGGGCCCCUUCUUACUGGAGAAGUAGCUCUGAUAUACAGUCGUCCUCUGAAAUGGGUGUCAAUGCACAGAUUAUUGGCCCAGAGGAAGAAGAUGAAGAGGAAGUGUACUCUAUAAAUGAGAGCAACGGACCGUUCCAGGACAUCGAGCUGCUGAAGACCCGACCUGCUCACAUGACUGUCUUCAUGAGAUACGUGUUCAGCCAGCUGCUGGACCCCAGUCCAUUGCUCUUCUACCUGUCAGUAGAAGCCUACCUGGGCUCAAGUCCCAAGGAUGCCCGUGCUCUUGUCCAUCAGAUCUGCAGCCACUUUCUCGACCCUGACGCUCCUCUUAAAAUUCGGGUACGAGAGGAGUUCUUGUCUGAUAUUGACAGCCGUAUACAGGCCCAAGAGGACAUCAGGGGGCCACUGUCGGAGCUACAGCAGCUGGUACUGCCAGACAUCCAAGACCAAAUACAGGACUACAGGAGCAAGCAGACAAUGGGGCUGGGCUCUCUUUUUGGGGAGGGAGAUCUGCAACAGCUGGAUGGAGACCCAGCAAAAGAGAGACAGGUGGUGGACAGACAGGUGUCUGCACUAUGGGAAAUACUCUCAAAACAUGAGGAAGAACGGAGCUCUGCUCUGGCCUCUGCUGUGUUGCUGUACCUGAGACACACAGGCGUCAAAUUGCGUGACUCACGCCUCCCCCCUGGACUGUCCUCAGAAAAGGACAAGUGGCUCCCAUUCUUCCCAAAGACCAAGAAGCUCAGUAGUAAUAAGAAAGAGAAGGACAUAGAGGACAAGAAGAGGAACCCUAUCCUGAAAUAUAUUGGCAAACCCAGGAGCACCUCCCAGUCUACGUUCCAUGUCCCGUUGUCUCCCACCGAAGUGCGGUCCGGAAAUGUGAGGAACAUCAUCCAGCAGUUUGAGAAUCACCAGCCUGACUCAUCAGGGGCCGAUGGUGAUCUUCAGCGGCUUUCCACCAGUAGCCUUGGAGAUGACAUCCUGGACCAGGACAGCCCCACGGUGUCUGUGCGCUUGGCUCGCAGCGAGUCUCUGAAGGCACAAGGUGAGGGCCGCAGAAGGGGAGCAGGUGCUGCCGGAGAGUCCGUGCCUCGUUCCCGUAGUGACGUGGACAUGGACGACUGCGGAGAGGAGCGUGAAGGGACAGGGCUGCAUCUCCUGCACCACAGCACCUCCUCCUCAGCUUCCAGCAGCUCUGCAAGGUCACUGGAGAACCCAACACCACCCUACACCCCACGAAGCAGGCGAAAGAGUAUAGAGUCACCAGUAGCACUGCUGCCAGAUGCUCCUGCCCUGGAGGAGGAUAUCAGCGAAGUCCACAACUGGCAGGAGAUGGUAGGGCCGGAGAUACUGGCAGCAAUAGGACCCCGGGAGGUGGACCGGCAAGCUGUCAUCUAUGAGCUCUUCACCACAGAAAUAUCCCACCUUCGCACACUCAGGGUUCUAGACCAAGUGUUCUUUCAGAAGAUGAGGUCGGUGCUGAGUUCAGAUGAGUUGGACUGCAUCUUCCCCAACCUGCUCCAGGUCUACAGGCUGCAUGCUGGUCUUUAUGAGUCUAUGAAGAAACUUCGUGAGUCACCCAUCGUUCAGGGGAUUGGUGAUGUCAUGCUGGCCAGGUUUGAGGGUGCUGCUGGCGCUGAGUUUCAGGAGCAGGUGUCUCAGCUUUGCUGCAAGCAAUCUCAAGCCCUUGAUCUUAUCAAGAGUAAACAGCGUAGAGACCAACGAUUUUCACACAUAAUACAGGAGUGUGAGGCGAGCCCCUAUUGCCGGAGGUUGCAGCUAAAGGACCUUUUGGUGUCUGAAAUGCAGAGGCUCACCAAGUACCCUCUGUUGCUAGAGAAGAUCAUAAAACACACAGAUCCCCUCUCCCCUGAGUUACCUUCUCUUCAACAAGCACUGGUGUGUUGCCGUGGGAUCCUUCAGGCAGUGAAUGAGAUUGUCAGGGAGACGGAGCACCAACAUCGUCUCAGUCAGUAUCAGCGAAGGCUUGAUGCCACACCUCUUGAGAGGCAGAGCAGUACUGUGGCAGCACAAUUCAAGAAUUUGGACCUAAGCACAAAGAAAAUGAUCCAUGAAGGAGUCCUCACUUGGAGAAUAAGCAAGGACAAGGCCAUAGAGGUUCAGGCACUAUUGCUGUCUGAUCUGCUGGUUCUUCUUCAGAAGGGGCCCGAUGAGCGACUGGUGCUGCGCUGCCCCUCACGUUCACUAGGGGGAGCUGUUAGUGGCAUUGGUGACACCAAGCCUUCUCUCUGCCCAGUGAUUCGACUAGACUCUCUUCUCGUUCGCCCGGUAGCCACAGACAACAAGGCCCUGUAUGUUAUUAGUACUUCUGAGAGAGAGAUCUAUGAGCUGGUGGCAGGGACAUCCUCAGAGAAGAACACGUGGAAGGACCUACUGGAGAAGACCAUCUCAUUGGCCACAGGGUCAGCAGUUCCAGCAAAUAAUAGCAUGACACCGGUCUCGUCUACCAGUCUGGACAUGGAAUCUACCAUCUCAAGUGACAGUCAUGUCUACCAGUCAGAAAACUCAAUGACAGAGGAAUCUAUGGUCAUGGAGAGAGAGAGCUCUAGCAUUGAUGACGGGCUGGUUGGUCUGGGAGGUGGCCAUGAGCAGUCCAAUAUCUUCCUGGAUACUCAUGGACAGGAUUGCCAGCAACAAGAGCUUGGAGUGGCAGAGGCUGCCUUGCAGGAUGUGGAGAGGCUCAAGCAGCUUAUCUUCCGGAGCUUGGAGGAAGACUGCUGGAGCCAGGACUCUGAUGACACACCCACCAAUGAAACGGCCAAUGAAAGGAGCCCUUUUAUAGAUGGCAUUAACUCAGAGGCUCUGGAGCAGGAUGCAGGUCUCAAGCAGUGGGAACAUGAGGAAGGAGAGAUGCCAUGUUUAGAGAUGGAGCGUGGUGUCCAGGUGGUGCGGAGAGCUGAGGGGGCGGGCUCUGCUUCUUUCCCUGAUGACAUCUCUGAUGUCUCCCUUCUCUUCAGCCAAUCAGCCAAGCCGAGAGGCGGAGCCAGUGUUCAUGGAAACACAUUCUACCUGGUGUUGCCCCAGGACUCGGGUGAAACAAGCACUGAAGGCCUGAUCGAGACAAUAAAUGGGACGUCUGGCCUUGGCCAACAGCCACCAGAAAUGAUGCCAUUGUCCAGCAUACAGCAGGAAGUGGGUCGUGACACACCCUGUCUGAGGCUGAUUGGUCAACAGCAGCCUGAGGACUUGAGCCAUGAGGGCACUUUGCAUCAUUCACAAGCAGAUAUUCAGAACCAUGUUGUUAUGAAUAUGGAGGAGAUUCUUCAUGUCAUUGAGGAGUUGAUGGCCAAACUGCAGAAGCUGCGGAAAAUAGAAACGGCUCACACUGAGCUCCUGAAAACACUGACCGAGCUACCUGGCAAUGAGAUUUUGGGUGACAACUUGCAGACUCCGCCCACUGUUGCCAGGAAUCCCUCACUCGAACAAGUAGCAGAAGAUGGAGGGGAACCGACUCACACCGUGAUCCACUCCACUGGGUUUUGAGACUCGCCGGAAGAGACUUGAUGCACUCAGUGGAGGUGGAUCUCCGAAAACCCUUUUUUUUCCUCCAGUAAGGACAGUUAGGCACCAUCUGUAAACUGGAUCGCUGGAGGUUGCAUCCUCUUCCUUCAUGUAAGAUGGCAAACUGUAAAGAGAACAGUCUUGGAUAAGAAAUUUGAAUUAAAAAGGGAUCAUGACGGACACGAGGAAGGUGAUGCAAAGGAGAAAAGUGAGCGGGAGUGAAAAAGGGAUGCAUUAGAAGAGGAGCCGCAGUGCUUUUACUCAUCCUUAAACGUACCUCAUACGUGUGAAGCUUAAAUGUGGAAACGCUGCAGGCUCCACUCUGGAUCCAGUCCUGUCGCAAGCCAUUGCUUCCCGGGAACUUGAGCAAAGACGCGCCUCCAGAUAACCAAGUGUGGAGAUUUGUCUGCAAGCUUGAGGCCAAAAAGGAAUGGAGGAUGAUUAUAUUAAUAUCAACAUAAUGAUGGAACAGUGACAGGCAGUUAUGCGAAUGCCCUUGGUAGUCCUACUCCCAUCCGCUCCACUGCUGCUGAGGGACUUCCUGGGGUCUUUUGGGGCACAGGGUCCAGCAGUACCAUACUGUCAGCAUGCCCUAGUGUAGUAUUUGUGUUUCACCACAAUUUCCCCUAAAGUACCAGAUGAUGACUUCUGGUCUCUACGUAAAGCUAGCAGAGUACUUGUGCUGUAAAUACAACAAACGGUGAGAUAGAAAGGUUCUUUAAAUAGCUGCAUCUCCAGGUUCUAUACCAUCUGUUUGGCACUGUGGUGAAACUAGGGCACUAAAUGUCUCUCCCUGCUAGCAGUUCCACACAAGUGUGGUAUAUAUGUAAAACAUCUCAUGUUCUUUUAAUUGCUUCUGUUAGGAACUGGGGAAAGUAAUUUCCUGUCCCCUUGUCUUGAUUAGGUUGUCCCUUGGACCCCCCCAACACAGACUGCUGUACUUAUGUCUCAACUGGUUUCUGUAAAACUACUUGAGUUGUGUAUUAUAGAGCCUUCCUUGUUUUAUACAUUCUUAUGUAAAACAUUAGUUUCUUUUAUUUUUGUAGAUAAAGAUUUGUAAACUAUAUUUCUCACCAGUUUUAAAACAGUACUAGCUGCACGGAAGAAAGUUGGACUAAUGUUUCCGGUUUGUGUUUCGUGACAUUAAAAGGUUGAA